AUGGGUAGUUGGUGCCGUAUGCUUUCGGGAGGUGUUUUGCGCGUUUUCAUUGCUGUGUCUGUGCUUCUCGGUUGUGUUUUCGCCGAGGAUUGCGAAUUAGCGAGGCAACUGCGUAAGAAUGAGAUGGGGCUCUUCAAAAACGUCGAGCUGUCGCAGAACUUGAAGCCCUCUCGAACCGGCUGCAUCGCGUGGAAUAUGGGCUACUGGAGCUACGAGUUGUGUCCGGGUAGGUGGGUUCGGCAAUACAGGGAGGUCAAAGAGGUGAUAGUGGAGGAAUACAUUCUCGGCGUGCAGCACCGGUGGCGCCUUGUAGAUGAAAUAGGAUCACAGCUCCUGCAGUACAGUGAUGGUUUUUAUACCCUGCCCGACCGAUUAAGGAGUACCGGGACGACCAUAGAUGCAGAAAAUCAAUUGUAUGCAUGCGCCAAGGAAAGUAAUAAUAAUAAUAACAAACAAGUUGACGUGGUUUAUCCUGAUGGGUCUCCGUGUGGAAAGGGCUUUCGCCGUUUUUCACUUUUACAUUUUGUGUGCAAUGAAAAUGUCCACUAUCCGAUCGUGAAACUAAAAGAACCCGCCAUGUGCAAAUAUGAUAUAACAGUUGUAGCUUCAACCAUUUGCGAAGCGAUGCUUGGAAGCUUCCAGGCACAAAUUGAACUGAAUGAUGCACAUAUGAGGUUUGCUAUUUGA